AUAAAGGAAAAGGCGGGAGCCGCUGCUGCUUGGCGCCGAGGCCGGACUCCGAGUGGCGAGACGCUACAUUUCGGGUUUAUUUGGCUUUUUAAAAACAGUCAUGACCUGCAGGAGAGGUGCGUUAAUCGUGCUGGAGGGAGUGGACAGAGCCGGUAAAACCACGCAGUGUAAGAUGCUCGUCCAGGCACUGGAGCAGAGCGGCCACCAGGCUGAGAUGAUCAGGUUUCCCGACAGGACAACAAAGAUUGGGCAGCUUAUCAGUUCAUACCUUGAGAAAAGGAGCAACCUGGAGGACCACACUGUACAUCUGCUCUUUUCUGCCAACCGAUGGGAGCUGGUGCCUUUAAUGAAGCAAAAGCUGGAGCAGGGAAUCAACCUAGUGGUGGAUCGCUAUGCUUUCUCUGGAGUAGCUUUCACCAGUGCCAAACCUGGUUUCUCUCUGGACUGGUGUAUGCAUCCAGACGUGGGCUUGCCGAAGCCGGACCUGGUGAUGUACCUGCAGCUGAGCCUCAAUGUGGCAUCUAAACGGGGAGAGUUUGGAGCUGAGCGAUACGAGACUUCUGUUUUCCAGCGUGCGGUACAGAAGAGGUUUGAGCAGCUCAAAGAAAAAGAUCCUUUAGUCAACUGGAAGGUGAUUGAUGCUGCCAGAAGCAUAGAGGAAGUACACAGAGAGAUUAAAAUAUUGAGUGAGAAGGCCAUCAGUGCUGCUGAGAAUCAGCCCAUUGGAGAACUCUGGAAAUGAGUUUAGAGCUGAAGAGUCAAAGAGUCAUACGUUAAUACAUGUUUCAGUUACAUACAUGAAGGGAUGGCUCUUGUAUUUUUGUAUUCCUUUGUUUUUAUUUUAAAAUGUACAGUUGAGUAAAUAAAUAAUCUUAAAAUAAA